UCAGAGCAGCUCGGGGACACGGUCAGCACCAGCCCUGGGGCCCAGCCACAGAGGGACCAGCGUGUCUGUCCUAGAGCCUGUGCCGAGGGCGUCCCCUCCCAGUGUCCAGGAUGGAGGAGGGGGAAAGAAGCCCCUUGCUGCCCCAGGACUCCACAGGCCAGAACCCACCCCUGUCUGUGAGCAGUCCGCCCCUCCCAAGCCACCCAGAUCCAGCGCCUCGGCAGGGCCAGGCAGGGGCCUGGGGCUGCAGCUGCUGCCCCCCUGUGUCCAAGAACGGGGGCUGGACAGGAGACCCAGCGCCUCCCCUCCCAGCAGGGAGCACCUGCAUCAAGUGUCUGACCGUCCUGUCCAACUUCCUCUUCUCCCUGCUGGGCCUGCUGGCCCUGGCGACUGGGCUGUGGGGCCUGGCCGUCAAGGGGUCUCUGGGGAGCGGGUGGGGGAGGCCUCUUCCUGCGGACCCUAUGCUGGGGCUGGUGCUGGGGGGGCUGGCGGUCAGCGCAGUGAGCCUGGCCGGCUGCGUGGGCGGUCUCUGUGAGAACACCUGCCUGCUGCGCUGCUACUGCGGGAGCGUGGUCGCCUUCCUGAUGCUCCAGGCCGUGGCGGCGGCCCUGGCGGCGGCCCUCUGGGGCCCGCUGCAGGACAGCCUGGAGCACGCCCUGCGCGUGGCCAUCACCCACUACCAGGACGACCUGGACCUGGGCUUCCUCCUCGACCAAGUCCAGCUCGGGCUGCAGUGCUGCGGGGUGGCGUCCUACCAGGACUGGCAGCAGAACCUGUACUUCAACUGCAGCUCUCCCGGGGUGCAGGCCUGCAGCCUUCCUGCCUCCUGCUGCAUUGACCCCCGAGAAGAUGGAGCCUCUAUCAACGACCAGUGCGGCUUCGGGGCCCUGGGCCUGGAUGCGGACGCAGCUGGGAGAGUGGUCUACCUGGAGGGCUGCGGCCCCCCGCUGCGGCGGUGGCUGCGGGGGCAAAUCCCUGCCGUGGGCGCCUCCGUGAUAGUGGCCACGGUGGUCCAGGGGGCAGAGCUCCUGCUGGCCACCUGGCUGAUUCGAGCCCUGGCUGUCCGCAAGACACAAGGGGAGUCUGCUGCCCAGAAAAUCAUGGAUUCGAGGCCCAGAAAAGGGGGCCCAGCCCAGGUGUGCACAGGCAGGACCUCUUGGCAGCUAGAACUUUCCUUCAUCACACGGACCGUGAUUUCGGGUUUGGAUGAGUCUCGUGGCAACCCGUCUUCCCCACUGGAGACGGAUGGACGCCGAUGGAUUUCCACCAGGUCCUGGGGUCCAGCCCAGUGCCAGGCGUUUCACACAUGCUCCACCAGUGCCUGUGCUGAGAACGAACGGGGACAAGGUCUGCACCAAGGUGGUGGCGUCGGUAAGCUUGGGGCCACGCCGAGCUGGCUUUCUCCACCACCUGGUUUUGCACCCGGGAGGGGCCUGCCCUGCUGCAAUGGGCAAGGCCAGUGGCUUCUCCAGGGACAUCUCACACUGCAUGGCCUCCGGGGCUUUGCCACAGCCGUCAAAUUCCAGAAUAAGGUUAGUUUUGUAGAUCCACUGGGAUGGGAUGUAUACACACAUACACACGCGUGUACAUGCAAACACACAUCCACGCAGGAAAUACAGAAAAAAUAUAAAAACCCCUCUGUAUAUCUGCAUAUUUUAGAACAACAUAGAAAGCCUCUUUCUACAUCUCUAUUUCUGAGAUGAGUUACCUCUGUGUUGUCCACCGCUCCACGGGGCCCCCCAGGACACACCACGCUUGAGCCCCCAUGUGCUGCUGUGACACUGUGUCACAGGAAAAAUCUGCCCAUCUGGGCUGUUUUCCUUUUUAAGUCAUCACUCCUAACCCUGACUCAAGAGUCUCAAGUUUGGAGUGUCUUUCAUGCUUCAAAGCCAGAGCAACAGUGUACCAUUACAAUGAUGGAAUAAUUUCUUUCUUUUUAAAAAAUUAUUUAUUUUUUUAGAGAUGGGGCCUCACUGCAUCGCCCAGGCUGGUCUCA